GUCUCGCUGGUUUGUUGGCUUUUUAGAUGCAGGGGAUUGAUUCUCGAGGUGAUGUUAUUUGGUUCCAGGGAUAAGGAUUGGAAUGAGGCGUUCAAUUUCUCGUCGGAUUUGAGUUUCUUGUCAAAAUGCAUGAAAGAGACUAAUGGAGAUCUUACUCGACGCUUAUGCACGGCUGCAGAAACUAAGUUCUACUUUAGCAGCUUCUAUGAUAAUGGUGGAAAAAAGAAUUAUCUAAGACCCAACAAGAAUUGCAAUCUGACAUCAUGGGUAUCUGGAUGUGAGCCAGGAUGGGCUUGCAGUAUUUUCGAAGACCAGAAAGUGAAUCUUAAAGAUUCCAAGGUUGUUCCUAUGAGAAGUAUCAACUGUCGCCCUUGUUGUGAGGGUUUCUUCUGUCCUCAUGGUAUCACUUGCAUGAUCCCCUGCCCAUUAGGUGCAUAUUGCCCACUUGGAAAACUGAACAAAACUACUGGGGUCUGUGAUCCGUACAAUUAUCAGCUACCUCCUGGACAGCCAAAUCAUACCUGUGGGAGUGCUGAUAUGUGGGCAGAUGUUGGAACUAGUAGUGAAAUAUUUUGCCCAGCAGGAUAUUACUGUCCAAGCACCAUACAGAAAAUUUCUUGUAGUAGUGGAUAUUACUGCAGGAAGGGUUCUACUACUCAGACGAGAUGCUUUCAGAAAAGCUCUUGUCCACCAAAUUCUGCCAAUCAAGAUAUUACAAUAUUUGGUGCCUUGUUGAUGGUUGCGUUGAGUCUACUGCUGUUAAUUAUCUAUAACUUCUCUGGCCAAAUCCUCACCAGCCGGGAAAGAAAACAAGCAAAAUCUAGGGAAGCUGCCGCAAGACAUGCAAGAGAGACUGUCCAAGCUCGUGAAAGGUGGAAAACAGCCAAAGAUGUUGCUAAGAAACAUGCAGUUGGCUUACAGACACAGUUGUCUCGCACAUUCUCUCGUAAAAAGUCUGUUCGACAAGAUCCUCCCAAGGGUCUCGGCCAACCUUCAAAGAAGGAACCAAGUAACCUUACCAAGAUGAUGCAAUCGCUCGAGGAGAAUCCUGAUACUUACGAAGGCUUCCACGUCGAAAUAGGGGACAAGAACCUAAAGAAGAACAUGCCCAAAGGUAAACAGAUGCACACGCGCAGCCAAAUCUUCAAGUAUGCAUAUGGUCAGAUAGAGAAGGAAAAAGCCAUGCAACAGCAGAACAAAAACUUGACCUUUUCCGGAGUGAUUUCCAUGGCCACUGACACCGAUAUAAGAACCAGGCCCAUGAUCGAGGUUGCUUUCAAGGACCUCACGCUGACCUUGAAAGGGAGCAAGAAGAAACUCCUGAGGUCUGUAACAGGAAAACUUAUGCCUGGUCGUGUGGCUGCAGUGAUGGGCCCAUCUGGUGCUGGGAAAACCACUUUUCUGAAUGCUUUGGCUGGAAAGGCAACAGGAUGUGCUACUUCAGGUCUUGUGCUCAUCAAUGGGAAAGCAGAACCCAUACGCUCAUAUAAAAAGAUCAUUGGUUUUGUGCCACAGGAUGAUAUUGUUCAUGGAAAUUUGACGGUGGAGGAGAAUCUUUGGUUCAGUGCUAGAUGCAGACUUUCAGCAGAGUUGUCUAAGCCUGACAAAGUUUUAGUUGUUGAGAGAGUUAUCGAGUCUUUAGGCCUACAGGCAGUGAGGGACUCGCUGGUGGGGACUGUAGAGAAACGUGGUAUCUCUGGCGGGCAAAGAAAAAGAGUAAAUGUUGGUCUGGAGAUGGUGAUGGAACCCUCUCUUUUGAUUUUGGACGAACCAACAUCUGGUUUGGACAGUUCUUCAUCUCAGUUGCUUCUUCGAGCUCUGCGCCGGGAGGCCCUUGAAGGGGUAAACAUCUGCAUGGUUGUUCACCAACCCAGCUAUACGUUGUUCAAGAUGUUUGAUGACUUGAUACUUCUAGCAAAAGGAGGGCUGACAGUAUACCACGGAUCAGUGAAGAAAGUGGAAGAAUACUUUGCAGGACUAGGGAUUAAUGUCCCCGAGCGCGUGAACCCUCCUGAUUACUUCAUUGAUAUUUUAGAAGGGAUAGUGAAGCCAAGCACAAGUACAGGUGUGAAUUAUAAGGAGCUGCCGUUGCGAUGGAUGUUGCACAAUGGGUACGAAGUGCCCCGAGAUAUGCUACAGGAUGCUGGUGACAUCGAUGCAUCAGUGAGGGGAGGUGGAUCAAGUCCUGCUACCACUGGCUCUGAGACACAAUCCAUUGCUGGAGAAGUAUGGGAUAAUGUGAAGGAUAUCGUAGGACAAAAGCGAGAUGAGUACGAGUACAAUUUCUCUAAAUCCAAAGAUUUGUCCAACCGCGGAACUCCCGGUGUUCUCAGGCAAUACAAGUAUUUCUUGGGAAGGGUUGGCAAGCAACGUCUUAGGGAGGCCAGAAUACAAGGAGUUGACUUUCUUAUCUUAUGUCUUGCUGGUGUGUGCUUAGGAACACUUGCGAAAGUGAGCGAUGAAACAUUUGGAGCACUGGGUUACACAUACACCGUCAUUGCCGUUUCUCUUUUGUGCAAGAUUGGAGCACUGAGAUCAUUUUCACUUGAAAGGUUGCAAUAUUUGAGAGAAAGAGCUUCUGGCAUGAGUUCGCUGGCUUAUUUUCUAGCAAGAGAUACAAUCGAUCAUUUCAAUACGAUAAUCAAGCCAAUAGUUUAUCUCUCUAUGUUCUACUUCUUCAACAAUCCCAGGUCUUCCAUCUUAGAUAACUACAUCAUCUUGGUCGGACUUGUUUAUUGUGUAACCGGAAUCGCAUAUGCUUUUGCAAUGUUCUUCCAGCCAGGUUCAGCACAAUUGUGGUCGGUGCUACUUCCUGUUGUUUUAACUCUCCUAGCAACUCAGCAGAAGACUUCAAAAUUCUUGGCAAAUUUAUGCUAUACAAAGUGGGCUCUGGAAGCAUUUGUAAUUGCAAAUGCUGAAAGGUAUUCUGGAGUGUGGCUGGUGACUCGGUGCGGUUCUCUCAUAAAGAACGGCUACAACAUCGGUGACUGGUGGCUGUGUAUAGUGGUCCUAGUUAUCAACGGCGUAGUUUUCCGCUGCAUUGCCUUGUUUUGCAUGGUGACAUUCCAAAAGAACUGAGACAUAUGCUUAGUUUUGUCCAUACAAGCCACAAUCAAUUUUGGUGCGCUUUCUUGGACCGGGAAAUGUACAAACACACGUGAACAGAUCUCCAAGGGAGUCCUACCUUUUUACCCACUCCAGCACGUCCUUAACAAGGAUUUAGAACAGUGUCAAAACAUAUUUCCUAUUUGUCUCACUUCACGAAUCCUGUACAAGGAUGGAUUGUCAUUCAGAACAGCUGGGGUACUGCAUGUAAUGUCUAAAACCUGUGAGGAAGCAAGCAGUGAUUUGUGUAACACCAUUCCGUGGCUGGUCUUCACCUCCCACCCCAUUGUAUAAAGUGAUCAUUGUGCCUCCUUAAAUUGCAAACAUGUGGUUCUGAAGACAACCUGAGACAAUUGUA